GUCAGCUCACUCCUCAACAGUUGAAAAUUGGCAUUAUUAUUCCUUUGAACCAACCGGUCUACCUCCUGUCAGUGGUUCUUGGGCGUUUCAACUGCCAAACUGCCUUAGCUCUCGGUUCUCCUCGGAGGUCAUUCCCCAGGAAAUAUCUUUCCUGGUUAUACAUACGCAUCUGGAGCUUACGGUUAAACUCGUUGGUCAAGAGCAGAGGAUCAAGUGACAAGUGUCUGAAGGUACCUACACAGACAGGAGUCAUGGCAGUUCUCUAAACUUCCCAGCAACCCGUAGCUCCCUAAUCACUCUACAAAUUACAACCUACUAACCCACAAAACAUCCACCUCACCGAAGCUAAAAGCAAGAAAGCAGAGGGAUUUCCUCGUCCACUGCAGGAGUAAACCGAACAACUGGAACCAAGCCCUAAGAACUAGACGCGAGAGAUCAAAAACUACCAGUUUUCUACGCUCGCACUAUCAAUAUUGGAUAUUGGAAUAUUGGACAUUGGGUAUUGGGACCGCGCGGCGACCAGCCGCGGACCAAGUAUCGUAUGCUCCUGAGGUUGGGACAUCGGACAGCAUUAUUGUUUGUUCCUUGCAUGUCUCGUCUCAGUGGAAGGGUAGGCCACCUGGUUUGAAAGGAAAAGAAAUAGGCCUAUGGUACGCUGGGCAGUCUAAAAUGCGAGGUCAUCAGGAUCGUCAACCAACUUUAGCUUCGAUGGCUGUUGUCGGUUUAAAUCUACAGAAAAUCCAAUCAGUUAUACAGGAAUGUGUGGAACGAGAUAUCAAACGCACUAAAAUUAGUAAUGAGAACGUCACAUAUACGCGUGUAUCUCCAACUGUCAUUACGAAUAAACAAAUCCCUGAGGAAGGAGAAGAAGUAGAGGAGUUAUUUGAAGAGAUUCAAGAUUCUCUAUAUGUCUCAACGGGUCCAUGUUCUGAUACUGAUCAAAUGACAAUAUCAAACGAAACUUUGAUUAGAAACGCCUCCAUAGAUAAUGAACUGAGUCAUUUAAUGCAAAUCUGCAAGAGUUCUGCAGCUUAUAAUAAAUAUUUGGAAUUCAGAAGUAAAUUGCCUGCCUAUCAGAUAAAAGAAGAUAUUGUUUCAACUGUACAAGACAAUCAAGUUGUAAUUAUAAGUGGUGAAACAGGUUGUGGAAAGACUACUCAAGUUCCACAAUUUAUCUUGGAGGACCGGGUGUCAAAGGGAAAUGGAUCGGUUACGCGCAUUGUUGUCACACAACCACGACGUAUCAGCGCUAUUUCAGUUGCUGAACGUGUUGCGGCUGAAAGGGGUCAAUCUAUAGGAUCUUCUGUUGGUUAUCAGGUUCGUCUAGAACGUAGAUAUCCUCAACGCCCUCAUGGCUCAAUUUUGUUCUGUACAACAGGGAUUGUUUUGCAGUGGUUUCGUUCUGAUCCACUUUUAAAGAACGUAAGUCAUAUUAUUGUUGAUGAAGUUCACGAGCGGGAAUUCCUUUGCGAUUUUCUUCUAUGUAUGCUAAAACGAAUCGCCCCUUUUCGUCCAGAUCUUCGCAUUAUUCUUAUGUCGGCAACAAUCAAUGCAGAAAGAUUUUCGGAGUAUUUUGAUAAUUGCCCGAAGUUUGAAAUUCCUGGUAGAACUUUCCCCGUCAAAAUAUGUUACUUAGAAGAUGUUUUAAAAGAAACCAACUUCUGGUUGCCAAAUAACGCAAUAGCUACAUUGAGUCGUGACCAGUCACGUACAACAAAACAGCACCUUUUAAAGUCCAAUAUUUCCAGGAAAGAGGCUAGUAUACUGUCCUAUGGAAAAAGUUCUGAAUUCAAUCGAUGGUUGAAAUCUGUAUCUGGACUAUCUUCAAACGCAGUAGAGAUUUUACGUGGUGUCGGUGAAGAUAGUUAUCCUCAAACUGAUCUUAUUGCACAUUCAGUUGAGCAUAUUUUACAGAAUACACAAUGGGGUGCCAUACUUGUUUUUGUUCCUGGCCUUGUGGAUAUAAAAGAUACAAUUCAAUCUCUACGAGCAUUGAAUCCAAGACGAUAUAAUGAACUAAAUGGAAACGUUCGAAUUUAUCCCCUGCACUCGAGACUUCCUACGUCAAGGGAUCGUUCUUUGUUCGAACCACCACCACAUGGUAAACGAAAAGUUAUUAUCUCCACAAAUAUUGCUGAAACAAGUGUAACUAUUCAGGACGUGGUGUAUGUAAUUGACUGUGGUCGAAUUAAAGUGACUGAUUAUGAUCCGAGACAGAAUACAUUUACAUUGACUCCUAUUCUUGUUAGUAAAGCUAAUGCAUCUCAGCGUUGUGGGAGAGCUGGUCGUGUACAGCCGGGUAUUUGUUAUCACUUAUUCUCAAGUUAUGUUUAUAAUAAUGUGAUGUCAGACUUUCUACAGCCGGAAAUGUUACGUGUUCGUUUAGAAGAUAUAAUUUUAAGAAUCAAGCUGUUAGGUCUUGGUCGAGUAAAAACCUUCUUGACCAGUUGUCUUGAUUCUCCAUCUGAAGAUGCUAUUUCACAAACGUUAACAUUUCUCAGACAAAUUCAAGCUUUGAAAUUAGUCGAGUCGCAGACACUGCGUUCUGAUAUCCCACCUAAGGAUCAUGGAAAAAGUAAUAAGGCUAAUAGACGAUCUCUAAGAGAGUUUGCACAAGCUGUUAAAAACAAUGUAAAUGUAAGUGGUGUUGACCAUUUGGAUCCUGAGAGCUUACAACCAGAUUUGACUGGUGAUGAUGUCGAUGACGACGAAUUAACACCUCUAGGUGUUCAUCUAGCCAACUUUCCACUUGAUCCUCAGUGUGCUAAGCUUUUGAUUUUUGGAGCUUUAUUCGGCUGCUUAGAACCGGUUUUGGCUGUAGCUGCAUGCUUAACAUUUCGUGAUCCAUUCGAAGUACCUUUGGAAAAACAGAAAGAAGCUGAUAAACGUCGAUUAGAGUUAUCACAAAAUUCAUUAAGUGAUCAUUGGGUUUAUGCUACAGUUGUUCAGAACUACAAAGGAAUUAAUUCACAUUUUGAUCGUCGUCAAUUCUGUCAAAAGUAUUUUCUCAAUGAGCGCACGAUUAACGAGAUUAUUCGGCUUAUGUUCGAUUAUGCAUCGUUAUUGCACGAACGAAAGUAUAUCGCCACUCCAAAUCCCAGUGAUUCCGAUGGCAAUCGUAACCAAUGGAAUAUUAGUCUUUUCCGGGCUAUUAUGUGUGCAGGGCUCUAUCCAAACAUUGUCAAAGCUGAUCCAAGAUUUAAUAAAGAUGGAAGACCUAAACUACCAGCAAUAAUGGCAUGUCCAUCUGAGGGUAAAGCCAGUGUUCACCCGUCUUCAGUCAAUAGUAAAAUUCAGCCAACUGAACCGUUGUGGAUGAUAUAUUUUACAAAAACGAAACUUGAUUUGGGUUCUUGUCCAACAAUAUUUGACUCAACUGUUGUAUCAUUAAGACCUUUGCUGUUCUUCACUGGGAAUAUAGAGAUAUCGAAGGUAUGUUAAAUUAUUAUUUAUUUUAUUACUGAUUAUAAGCGUUGCAUAUUCAGAACUGUCUUCUCUGAGGAUAGUAACUUUUUACAAGAAUAACGACUUAUUCUCACAAUUACGUUUCAGCGUAUAGCAAAAUGGGAGACCGAAUUCUAUUUCUGGUAAAAUAAACAUUUUAAUCUUACUUUUUACUGACACUACAGUCAACAAUCAUUCUUAUUCUUUUCAGGAGAACGAAAUAGGCAUCUAUUUAUUAUUUUUUGAUUAAAGACCAGUAGGCAGUGCCAUCUGUGACGCCAAUAGAUGGGUUAUAAAAAGAUAAUACCAGGGCGUUGUGAGAUACUACAAAAAACUAAGAUGAGACAUAAUAUUGUUGAAAGGAAAAAGCCACUACAAAUAAAUAUUUACGGGUAAGCUUUCAUCAGCCUUUUUGUAUUGAACAUUUGUUUAUUUUCGUAGAAAAAAAGUUGUCGCAAUUAUUUCAGCUCCAUGAAGUCUUAUGCAGAUUUAAAGAUCACAUAGCACAAGCACUUAUAACUGUCGUUCCUACCAAUUGAAUUCUUUCGUCUUCAGCAAAUUAUAUUGCAUGCAGUAACCCUUCAAUUGGCGUACAUGAUACAUUUCAAAGCAGCGAAAUCCAUUGUUACAGUAUGACUUCACUCAUUCCGUAACGUAACAACUUGAUGUAGUACCCAGUUACCAGUAGAAGUGGAUAACUUUGAUCACCUGUUGAUGUAAAACAGUUUUUACAGUCUCACGUUAUAUGUGAACGCGGAAAAAGACUUAUCGCUUUUUACAUCUGAGGAAUAAUCAAAUAAACUUCCUAAUAUGACGUUUUUAUGCAUAUAAAUGUGUUCACUGUCAUACUGAAUACUGGAACAGGAAGACCUUGUUGUUUGGUGUCAGAUGGUUGAUUAUCAGUAGCACGAAGUCAUGAACUGGGGUUUUGUAUUGGAUGCAACUAUUAGAAAAGCGUGUAUGGAAUCGUUAAUGAACCGGUGCUUUCCAAAGUUGUUCUACUAAGGUAAAAGUGGACAGUUAAAACAUGACACAAAGAAGCCUUCAUAACGGGAAAAAUGAACUAUAUAAAGGUAUUCAUUAUUUCGCUUUUUCUUUUAUUUAGUAAAUCCUCAUCUAUUCAGUAUGUUUCUUCUUCAUGGGUACAAUGGUGUAGACGAAGUAUUUGCUUCUUGGUUAUUGUUUACCUACUUAAAGCAGACGUUACCAGGCAUUUUUGUUUAAUCUUACGUUUACAACUGGGAAACCUGUUAUUUUCAGUUACCUACUAGUGACUUAAAAUUUUCCACUGCGUCUACAAGCAUAAAUAUCAAAACAACUUUCGUCAACCAACUUUCAGAGAGUUAAUUUCUUAUCUUUUAACCUGAUAAUUGAUAUAUGUUUCACGGAUGACUUUUUCAUUUCAUAUGAGAACAUUGACAAAAUGUAACUACUUCUGAUGACUGGAAGCAAAAUACAAAUGUAUAUGUGUUUCUCACGUUUGUGCGAAAUUCUACCUCAGUAGUGAUUUGCACCUCACUGCGCAGUGGGAAGCGAAUUUGCCGCAUCAACCCUGCCUAGUUGAUAGUUGAACUCUGCUUCAAAAUGUUUGUUUGACUCUGGCUAAUUAAAUACACCUAGGAAGCAGGAUAAUGUAGAGGUAUGUAACUCAAUAACUACCCGCAGUCACGUGCACUAGGCUCUGAGCAACCCUUGUGUGUGUACUAAACCACUUCGCUAUCCAAAUCUUGCCAGGUGUAGCUGGGUUCGAACGCUGUUACACACCAGUUGAUAGUCGACUGUAUAGACCACUGAGGUGGUCUUAUAUACAGGGUGCAGGAUAAAUGGCUAAUAAAAACUGACUUUAUUGUUCACCGUGUUUACCACCUAUAUAAUGGUGAAGCUUGUUAACUAUAUGUGAGAUCCCCGGAAUCUAUGCGUAUUCGGUUACUGAUGCCUCCGAAGUAUUGCUUGUGUUCGAUGAGACUCAAGAAUGGAUAGUCUUGAUACCAAGUGUGUACCGCUGAGCAGAAUUAAAAUAGUUGGUAAGACUGUGAACAUGUAUCAACUUAAUAAAACAUUUGGUGCACAAGCCUAGCCACUACUCACCUCACUCAUCUGUGUGACGUAGAAUUAGACCGAGGAAACUUCCGCUUGGUUAGGUCACGAAAUAGCAUUAUUAAUACUGGAUGGUGAUUGGAGGUGAAAUAGGAGUCUGAACCUCGGCAGAAUUCAAACCAGCGAUCUCUGAGUACUAAUACAAGUCUACCAAACCACGAUCAUCUUAGAUAGUCAGACUAAUAAACUACCUAGUUGAUUCACUAUUGGUUUGUCCUAUGUAUGAAACUGUAGGGUUUCUCGUUAUGUUUUAUAAGAUAGUCCACAUCGACCGUGAAUGCCACAGCUCAGGGUCAUGCGCAGUUGGAUGAAAAUCGCUUAUUUUAUGCAUUUGAUUUCUUAUAUCCAUCUGCUUUCGCUGCUUCUUUUCGUUCAGUUCUUCAUCAUUAGCAUCGCAAUUGUCACUAUUAGCUUCAUCCCCUCGCUUUUCCGCUUAUUGUUUUGCUGUUUACCUGUAUAGGAGGAUAAAAGUCUUUUUACAAUUGAUGAGUGGAUAAAAUUCAGCGGCGAAUUGAAAGUAGUCAAUAUGUUGAAAGAACUACGAAAGUGCAUGGAUAGUUUAUUAGAACAAAAAUUCAGAAGUCCCAGCGUGGCUAAUUGGGACGAAACGAGUAAAGAAGGUCGACUACUCCGAACUAUUGUGGAUCUGUUAACAAGUGAACCUCCACCAGCUGCUCAAUUUCAGAAUGUGAAUAAUUGUGAAAGUUUUCCUGAUAUACCUAAAUAAAUUGUUUAAAUUACUAACAAAUAGAUAUGUAGACAUUUCUACACUUAAAAAAUAAUACCUAAAACAUUUUUGUGGAAAAGACCAUCUUAGAAAUCCCCAUUAUGAUUUAAAAGUCAUCUGAAAGAGCAGAGAAUAUCCUUUUUGAUAAUUUUCUAAUUCAGGUCCUACAGUUAUAUAUAAUGUGUAAUUUCGCGUCGAUAAUAUUGAGAUUGCGUCU